AGUGCAGCUCAUGUCCAGAGGUAAUCAGAGGUCAGUGCCUCUGUCUGUACAGACACAUCCGGACAGCAGGCCAAUGAGCGGUGGGAUGGAGCUGUAAAUCUGGGUCGACCUGCCCGAGAGGAUGCUGUCCUUGUAGCGGGCGAUGACCGGUGGAUUCAACCAGCUCUGAUUGACCUUCUCCCGGUGGAUGAACCGUCAGGCUCAGGGAUGGCUGCGAUGAGGAAGAGGUUCGCCUCUGUCUGCUCUUCUUCCUCAGCUGAAGAAGACAGCGCAGGACUCUAUGACAGUGCUGCCAUGUCUGUCUCUGAUCCAGCCAGUGAACAAGAACAUCCCUAUGCAUCUCUGCUGUGUUGUCACAGUGUCCAAGACUCUCUGCUGAGCUCCAACAGCAGCUUCACCAGAUACAGAGGCAUCCUCAACUGGAUCAUCAUUCUCCUGGUCCUGACUCACGCUCACUUGUUCUUGGAGAAUUUCAUACAACACGGCUUUUUAAUAGAUGUCAAAAAGGUCUUUCAGCAUCUCAUCGAGGACUAUAACACCUGCUCAUCUGUCAGCCUCAUACUGGGUGCCAACAUAUUUCCCAUCACAGCUUUGCUCCUUGAGAAGUCUCAGGAAAAGGGUAUCCUGUCUCAUGCCAACGGUCAGCAUUUACAUCUUGUAAACCUGGGACUGCUCCUGCUGUGUCCUGCUGCAGUCAUUGUACAUGAGCCUGCAACAUCAACAGGUGGAGCCUUCCUCUCUCUCUGGCUCUACACUGUUCUGGGGAUGAAGCUUUAUUCAUACCAGGAAGCUAAUCGCUGGUACCGUCAGGCUCAUUUAGCUGAUGCAGAUAAAGACCACAAUGGAUCAGCUGCACAAAAGGCCCACAGUGAGCAUCUUACUUGCCGAGAUCUGUAUUACUUCCUCCUUGCCCCCACUCUGUGCUACCAGAGAGACUUCCCGUGUACUCCUAAGGUCCGCAUCAAUAACUUACUGCACAGGCUGCUGGAAAUGGUGAUCGUGAUCCAGAUCAUGGUGGGCAUCGUACAGCAGUGGAUUGAGCCCAUCUUCCAGAGAUCAGAGCACUCGUUCUCUAGUAUGGACAUCACCAUGAGGGUGGAGCACCUGGUGGAACUGGUGGCACCAACACAUUUCCUCUGGCUCCUCGUCUUCUUCUUGAGUCACUCCUCCCUGAACUUCUGUGCAGAGCUGCUGCGCUUCGGCGAUCGGCAUUUUUAUGGAGACUGGUGGAACGCUACGACUCUGAUCGCUUUCUGGAAGAACUGGAAUAUUCCCUUUCAGAAAUGGUGUCACAGACAUGUGCACACACAGCUGGUGGGAGAGAAUGUGCCAUCAUCACGAGCAGAGUUACUGGUCUUCCUGAUGUCUGCAGCUGUUUUGGAGUACAUGUUCGCUCUGCCUCUGUGUAACUGUCGUCUGUGGAUCUUUGCGGUGAUGAUGUUUGAGCUCUUGGUUGCAGUAUUCCUCAGAGACUAUUUCCAGGGAAACUAUGGCAACGGUUUAGUGUGGCUGUGCCUUCUGCUGGGCCCGCCUCUGGCUGUGAUCACCUACUUUCACGACCACUACAUCAGCUUCCAUCACGGUCAUCCGUCACCUUCCUCACCACUGAUGUCAGACCACCGUCUUCCCAGCACAUUUCUCCUGGAGCCUCAAUGAUCACGGAGAAGUGUUAAAUAAUGUAAAUGUAAUGUAAGUAAAUCUCUCACGUUGUGCUGUAUUUAUGAGUAGACUGAGAAGAUACGACUGUUAUCCAGAGCUCACGAUCAGUUCUGAUCUCUGGAAAACCUUCUGGAGUUAUCUCAUGACCUCAACCCAGUUCAGCAAUAUAUACAUACAUGUUCUGUAAGACCCUUUAAUGGACCUACUGAGCUGCAUAUUAUGCUACUAUACUUCCACAUUUAAAGAUCUGAAUGCAAUAAACAACAGAUUUUAUGGUUUUUAAGUUCAAAGUCGUAGAAUUGAUUCUUGUUGAAUGAAUGAAACUUGAACUGCAGCGUUGCAGGCUGCUGCAGUCUCAGCCUGUGCAUUAGGCAGUGAAGAGCUCCA